GCAGCUUUUGUGACAGGAGGUCUGACUAGGUCUUAUUAGUCCGCAACCAUGGUGCAGAAAUAUCAGUCACCUGUGCGGGUGUAUAAGCACCCUUUUGAGUUAAUUAUGACUGCAUAUGAAAGAAGAUUUCCCACAUGUCCUCUAAUCCCAAUGUUUGUAGCUAGUGAUAUUGUGAAUGAAUUCAAGAGUGAAGAUGGAGCUAUUCAUGUGAUCGAAAGGCGUUGUAAACUGGAUAUAGAUGCACCACGAUUAUUGAAAAGGAUUGCAGGAGUAGAUUAUGUUUACUUUGUCCAGAAGAACUCCUUGAACAGACAAGAUCGAACUUUGCACAUAGAGGCCUACAAUGAAACCUUUUCUAACAGAGUCAUCAUUAAUGAGCACUGCUGUUACACAGUUCACCCGGAUAAUGAAGACUGGACCUGUUUUGAACAGUCAGCAAGCCUAGAUAUCAAGUCUUUCUUUGGCUUUGAAAGCACAGUGGAAAAGAUUGCCAUGAAACAAUACACAAGCAAUAUAAAAAAGGGGAAGGAAAUAAUAGAAUAUUACCUGAAGCAGAUGGAAGAAGAAGGGAUAACAUUUGUUCCUCGUUGGACGAUUCCUGUUAUGUAUAAAUUAGAAAACAGCACAUUCCACAUUGCACAGCCAAGUUCUCCUGUUAUCAGCGUACCAGAUACUGCCAUCAAGGAGGGACAAAACAAUAAGGAAGUGCUCAACACCUCCAGCAGCCCAUCAGACCCCACAGCAGGAACACCUGAUGACAAACUUGAUGCAGACUACAUAAAGCGGUAUCUGGGUGACUUGACACCAUUGCAGGAAAGCUGCCUCAUUCGGCUUCGACAGUGGCUCCAGGAAACACACAAGGGCAAAAUCCCAAAAGAUGAACACAUUUUACGAUUCUUGCGUGCCCGGGACUUCAAUAUUGACAAAGCCAGAGAGAUCCUUUGCCAAUCACUAACAUGGCGUAAACAGCACCAGGUGGACUAUAUUCUGGAUACCUGGAACCCACCACAAGUAUUGCAAGAUUAUUAUGCAGGAGGUUGGCAUCACCAUGACAAAGAUGGGCGCCCUCUGUAUGUGUUGAGGUUGGGACAGAUGGAUACCAAAGGCUUAGUGCGAGCUCUUGGGGAGGAAGCCUUGCUUCGAUAUGUUCUUUCUAUAAAUGAAGAAGGAUUGAGGCGAUGUGAAGAGAAUACAAAAGUAUUCGGCAGGCCUAUAAGCUCUUGGACUUGUUUGGUGGAUUUGGAGGGCUUGAAUAUGCGACAUUUAUGGAGACCUGGCGUCAAAGCAUUACUAAGAAUCAUUGAAGUGGUUGAAGCCAAUUACCCUGAAACAUUGGGCCGCCUUCUUAUCUUGCGUGCUCCCAGAGUAUUUCCAGUCCUCUGGACACUGGUUAGUCCUUUCAUUGAUGAUAACACCAGAAAGAAAUUCCUUAUUUAUGCAGGAAAUGACUACCAAGGUCCUGGAGGGCUGCUGGAUUACAUUGAUAAAGAAAUUAUCCCAGAUUUCCUUAGUGGAGAGUGCAUGUGUGAAGUUCCUGAGGGUGGGCUAGUUCCUAAGUCUCUAUAUCGGACUGCUGAAGAAUUGGAAAAUGAAGACAUAAAACUGUUGACUGAAACCAUUUAUCAGUCUGCAAGUGUCUUCAAGGGAGCUCCACAUGAGAUUCUUAUUCAGAUUGUAGAUGCCUCAUCUGUGAUCACGUGGGAUUUCGAUGUGUGCAAAGGUGACAUUGUUUUUAACAUCUAUCAUUCCAAGAGAGCACCACAACCUCCUAAAAAGGACUCUUUGGGCAGCCACAGCAUUACAUCUCCUGGAGGGAACAAUAUACAGCUAAUAGACAAAGUCUGGCAGUUAGGGCGUGAUUACAGUAUGGUGGAGUCCCCACUUAUCUGCAGGGAAGGGGAGAGUGUGCAGGGGUCACAUGUGACCAGAUGGCCUGGCUUCUAUAUUCUUCAAUGGAAAUUUCAUAGUAUGCCUGCCUGUGCUACAACCAGCCUGCCUCGUGUGGAUGAUGUACUGGCGUCUCUACAGGUCUCCUCACAUAAGUGUAAAGUGAUGUACUAUACAGAAGUGUUAGGAUCAGAAGAUUUCAGAGGAUCUAUGACCAGCCUUGAAUCAAGUCACAGUGGAUUCUCCCAGCUCAGCGCUGCCACAACCUCUUCCAGCCAGUCCCACUCCAGCUCCAUGAUUUCCAGGUAGUGCUACUGCAAAUGAAAAGCAAAUGGAUAACAUGGCUGGACCCUCAUCUGCGACAGCUGACUGCAAUACAGCAUAUUUAAGUGGCAUUGCAAAAAACAAAACCCUUUUGUUAGAUAGUAAAGUAGCAGUUUGAAUUUUAAAUGUAGUGUUUCUGUUCAAGUUAGUUCGGACAGCUAGUCUCUUUAACUUUUACCCCUUUCCCCUAACUCAGCCAUAGAUUUUUGUAAGCAUGCUUGCACAAAUCCUCACCCUUAAAAUACAAGGGCUGUUUUGGAAGGAAAAGAAUAACGCGCUGAUUAAGAAUUAUUUUUUAAGAAUGGGAAAAAGCAAAAAGCAGUCCUACCAAAAAUAUUCCAUGGUGCAUUAGAAAGCAAACAGAAUUCUCCUGCCUUCUCGCCACAUUAUGGAAUACCCUGUGAUCUUCCAGCUGCUGCAAGCUCUCUUGCCACUGCCACCCACUCACACUGCUGUUCAAGAGAAAGCAGUUCCUGUGCAAGUGGAAAGUAGUUACAGCAGAGUUGUGGGUAAGCCAUUAACACUAAUAUCUAUUGCAUGAGCACAUUGUUGGGGAUUCCCAACUCUGAAUGUUUAGGGUAAAUCUUCACAGGGAUAAAAGACUUGUGGCUGAAUUGCUGUGCUGGUGUUUGGGCUCAAGCAAGAGCCUAAGCUCUGGGACCCUGGGUGAGUGGAGGGUGCCAGCACUUGGGCCCAAGACCAAGUUCACUGAUGUGCCACCAGCUGAAAUAUUUUAUCCCCAUGUAGACAUACUCUUAGGGGUUAAAAGCAAGUUUAGCUCUUUCCUUGAACUUUUAUUUUAAGCCAUGAAUGUGGUAUGGAGAGGGGCAGAGAACAAGCUUUCCUUCACCAUGAUGACCCAAAGGCUGGUCCAGAUUGGGUCCAUAGUCUAUGUCUCACUUUGUUCUGGAGUUACUUUUUACCCACUCCACUUACCUGCUAUACUCCACAAGCACUCAUUUUACAGGGGUUUACUUGAUGCUAUGAGUGUAGAUGUACGCAUUCCGCAAAGCAGAAUUCGGCUUGCUCCUUAAAUCUGUUAGGAGUCAGCAUAGCUACAUCAAUUAACUUUCCUAUACUUGCUCCUCCUCAAAUUCUCCUUGCAGGCAUCAUGUGGACUCAGAAAAAACAAAACUUCAUAGUGUCCACUGGAGGUAAAUAAUGUAAAGUGGACAGUAGGAUCUUUACACCAUACAAAAACAAAUAUGGUUAGAUGACACAUCAAAUCCUGCCUAAGCUACUGCAUUCAUUAUUACAAUCAUGAGUGGUGAAGUUCUUUUCUGGAUUAUUAUUUAACAUAUGUAGGUCCCAAGCUGUCCUGCUUUGUCAGGGACUAACCUGAUGUCAUCUCAGGUUCUACCCUCUCCUCCGUCCCCAGCAAUUAGCUAUCUCAGGCAAACAAAAGAUGUUAAGUAAACACUUUUUUGGUAAGUGGAGUGAAAACAUGGCAUUCAGAAUGUUAAUAUGUGAUAUGCCACCUGGCAUUAAUUACAGCUUGGAGCCCAGCACAAGUUGCUUAUUUAGACCACUGGUUGAAGGUUUUUCCCCUACUAGAGAACUAAAUUGUUCAUCCAGAUGGAAUAAGUUGCUAUAUUGCUACAAACGUUAAUAGCUAACUGGAUAGGAUCUUAGGCUUGCAAUAGCCUUGAUUUGCUCAUGAGGAAAAACUGCUGAAGUAUUGCAUGUUAAGAACAAUGGUUUACUUAAGAUAACAGGUUGCCCAGCUUGAAGAAUGCUGAGUCCUGAGAAAUUCAGAGUAAAUAUUUAAAACAUGUGUAAUACUUGUACAUCCCAGUUCAGAAAAACAAAACUGAUGUGCAGCAUGUGAAGCCCAACAUUUGUAAGUCAAUGCUAGCAUGUAGUCUUGCUUAUAAAGAUGCUAAAAUUUGGAAUUAAUAAAUAAGAAUAGCUAUGCUGAAAAUCACACCCUACUGCACUUUAUCAACUGUAUCAGGCACCUUCGACUUUUAAUUUGCUUUAAUAUCAAAGACGGAGGCAGGGCUCUCACACUGGCUGCCAAGAAUAUUGGCAAACUAAUGCUGGGGCAAAAGAAUAGACUUUAGUGCCCUGGUGUUAAGCAGGUUCACAACCAGAGUAUGUAGAUGUAAUGGACAAUACUCCUUCUCCUUUGGAUGAACUACCCACAAUCCUGCUUACUGAUAUUUUCUCUGAAGAGAGGUAAUUUGAUACUUGACCCACAGGAGCCAGUGUUCUACACAGAGGAGCUAAUGCCAUAGAAGGCACUAUACCGUUAACUUGGUGACAUUUGUGCCUCUUUCCAAAGGGGAGUUCCCCUUUCCCAGGUUCUAAGGGCUCUCCCUUGAAGAUGGUGUCCCCCCCUCCUCUCUCUCUCUCUCUCUCUCUCUCUUUUUUUCUCUCAGAUGGCGAUUUUGCUGACAGCUGUAAAGAAACUGCUCCAUUCAACAGUCCACAUCUACCCUGAGGUGUCUGGCUUUGUACAACUUUGAGUUACAGCCACUUUUCAAGGCUCUUGAGUUUUUUGGUUUUUUAGUUAGCUCAAAACUGGCACUUUGGAUUUGCCCUGAAAAGUCUAUUGCAUUUAAGAACACAAAUCACAUGACUGCACAAACAGUUGAGAGGUUAAUACACAAGAAAAGCAAGAUGUAAAGUGCUAUUGCACAUAGGACUGAAUUAUGCAGUUUGAGAUAGACUGGAUUAAUUUUAAUACCAUUGGCCUCCUCUUUUUCAUGUGAUAUUGCUGUUAUUACUCACUCUUCCUUUUUGUCAACCAUUCUGUUGACUCUUCUCUCUCUAUUACCAAUGUCCUUUUUGUCCAUAUUCAUGAAUUGCAUAUCCAAUUCUGUAAAUGUUUUGUAAACAUAUUACCUCACGGUUGGUAAUAAGAAAGACAGUCUUUAAAAGAUUUUUUUAUUGUUAACAAUAAUAAAUGUGAACCGUUUGAAAAAAA